UCUGUAUCAAUGUUGCAAUGCUCAGAGGUCGCGUUUAUGAUCAGAAGAAGGCAAUGAUCAACUUGUUCGACCUCAGGGCAGGGAUGUCUAGCACGAACAAGCUCACAGAUCGAGCUCGUAUAGAUGGUUCUCCAGCAUGUAGAAGCUGGCAAGAUGUCAAGAGAACUGUUGAUCCUGCUAAAGUUUAUGCCAAUGAUAAAGUAGGAGCUAGUAACUGGAGCUCAUCAAGAAAUAAUUCAAAUGCAUCUCCAUUGGAUAUGGCAUCAGAAAAGGAGAUGUCCAAGGAGUUGGAGUCAAAGAAGAAGUCGCCAAGUGUGGUUGCCAGAUUAAUGGGACUCGAAGAAGAUCUACCUGGUCAAGAGCUAGCAUUACAUCCUGCUAAAGGAAAGUUGAAGAAAAGACACUUAAAUGGCAAUUUGGCCGAAACAAACAAUCUCCAUCAACAUCAAGAGCAGUACCUUUCCAGUAUCACAACAUGCGACAAACACAUAGGACCCAAAGAAACAGUUGAGUUUAAGGAUGUUUACGAAGUCAGUGAAGAACCAUUAAGAACAUACCAUCUUCACGACCAAACUUUUCCUAGGGAAAUGUCUUCCAGGAGCAAGAGGGACAUAAGGAUGGAGAUUGUUCGUCAGAAUUUCAUGGAAGCAAAGCGUCUUGCUACAAAUGAGAAACUCCUACAUUCAAAGGAGUUUCAAGAUGCUCUUGAGGUUCUAAGUUCCAACAGAGAUUUGUUCCUAAGUUUCUUGAGGAACCGAACUCUACUCUCUCAAAGCAGCUAGCUGGACUUCACAGAAGCCCGUCACCACCUCAGACAAAGCGUAUUACUGUGUUGAAACCAACUAAAUUUGUUGAACACGUGAUGCCAAGGACACACCGGAGGUCUCAUUCAGCACAAGUUACCUUAUCCCAGCCAACCAGGAUAGUUUUUUUUUUGAACGAACGGCACGAGAUUGUGCACGUUUCUAUUAAUAAAGAAGAGAGUGAAGCAGUGCCCAAGAGACACCGCAGGAAGGAUACAUAGAGGUUACGUAAUUACAGCAUAGAUAAAAGCGCAAGAAGGUGCUUAGCACCUGCGACACCCCACAGCCUUGCCUCUGCCUUAAUUGCUGCUAGCAGAUCUGCCACUGACCUCUCUUGCCUUUGGAAGGUGCGGUUGUUCCUUUCCAGCCAAAUGUGCCAGACCACCAGUAGGAGCAGGGAGCGCGUUCCCUUUUUGGGCACAGCGACUGAGCC